AUGAGAUCGAAGCGUUUGGCGCUGCUAGCGCUCCUGACUCUGCUGCUGGCCUGCGCCACUGUGCGGUGCCAGCAGGGGCCGGGGGAGGAGGCUGAGGACCUGGAGGAGGAGCCCAAAGGCAAGGGGGUGCACCAGCCGCUCGGCAAGCCAGCCACCGCCGCAACUGGCCAGCGCGGCAAGGCGGCGGGAGCGGUGGGUGUGGCCGAGAACGAGGAGGAGGCGGAGCCGCUGGAGGAUCCCGACCCUCUGGUGGACGAGGCGGAGCAGAAGAAGCUGGAUGAGGCUCUGUCCAAGGAGCUGAAGCUGGUGGAGCAGGCGCAGGCUCAGCGCCAGCUCAACGCCACCGCCGCCAAGCAGCUGGUGGUGCACGCGGCCAUCGUGCCAGAGGCGCCCCAGGCUGUGCUGUGGGCUGGAGACGCCGAUGUGGCUACCACAGGCGCCUGCGAGGACGACAUCGAGCGCUUCUGCGCCAAGGUGGAGCCGGGGGAGGGGCGCCUGUCGCGGUGCCUGUCGGCGCAGAUGGAGGCGGAGGCGGGGGGCGAUGCCGAGGCCGACGACACCGUAUCUGGCGAGUGCCGGCAGGAGCUGGCCUCCUUCAAGGCGGACCGCGCCACCAACGUGAACAAGGACGUGCCGCUGGCGCUGGCCUGCCGCCGCGACAUCCGCCGCCACUGCCGCCCCAAGAGCCUGAGGAACGGCCCGGCCGCCAUCAUGGACUGCCUGCGCAAGAAGCGGAAGAAGCUGUCUCGCAAGUGUGCGGGGGCGGUGUUUGAGGAGGAGGAGGAGGAGGCUAAAGACUUCAGGCUCAACUUGCAGCUGGCCAAGGCAUGCGGGCAGGAUGCAGAGCUGCUGUGUGCCGACGUGGACCCAGAGGAGGAGGGCGCAGCCACAGAGUGCCUGAUCGAGAAGCGGGAGUACGCCAGCGUGUUUUGCCAGGAGGAGCUGGAGCGGUGGGAGGUGCAGCGCGCCGACGACGUGCGCCUCGACCGCCACCUCUAUCAUGCCUGCUCCGCUGAGCUGCGCAGCGUGUGCGCCGAUGUGGAGCCAGGCGCGCGAGAGGGGAGGGGCAUCGCGGGCGCGAGGGUUCUGCACACAUGGGACGGCCUGAUGGAGGAGUGCCUGCAGGACAGGCGGGAGGGGGGCGGCUUCUCGGCGCGGUGCCGGCACGCGGUGGAGGCGCGCAUGGAGCGGCAGGCGGCCGACUUCCAGCUCAACUACGGGCUGAGGGAGUACUGCGCGGACGACAUUGAGGAGCUGUGCAAGGAGCAGGCGCAGCAGAUUGCCAUGGCUGAGGGGUAUGGCGCGGACAGCCAGGUCAUCGCCUGCCUCGAGACCCAGCGCGAGCGCAUCACCAGCAAGCGGUGCCGUGAGGGGGUGCACCGCCAGAUGGAGCACGAGGCCGAGGACAUUCGCUUCGACCACCAGCUGGCAAAGGCGUGCCACAGCGACGUCAAGCUGUUCUGCGCGCAGGUGGUGCCCGGCUCGGCGCGCGUCAUCCACUGCCUGCAGGACAACAGAGACAGGCUGGCGCAGGCCUGCUCCUCCCAGCUGUUCGACCAUGAGGUCAUGCUGGCAGAGGACAUUGACUUCAAGUACCCGCUGCGCCGGUCGUGCGUGGUGGAGAUCGACAUCUUCUGCGCACGCGUGCCCCACGGCCACGCGCGCAUCGUGCGCUGCCUGCAGGACAACCUGGAGGAUGGCGAGAUGUCUGUGGAGUGCAGGGAGGAAGUGAGGCGGGACCAGUUUGCCUCCUCAAUCGAUUAUCGGCUCAACUACCGGCUGAGGAAGGCCUGCACCGCAGACGUCGCCUCCCUGUGCAAGAGCGCCCAGCAGAUGUGCCUGGGGCGGCAGUGCCUGGGGCAGGUGCUGGACUGCCUGCGGGAGAAGCAGGAGGAGCUGCGGGGGGAGGAGUGCCGCCACGAGGCCGCCGACUUCCGAAACGACCACCAGACCCGCCAGGCGUGCGAGAAGGAUGCGGAGAGGCUGUGCCGGGGCGUGGAGCCGGGGCAGGGGCGCAUGCACCGCUGCCUGCAGUCGCACCUCUUUGACCUGAGCCCCAAGUGCCGGCAGCGGGAGCUGCGGGCCACCAUCCUCCAGUCGCGCGACAUCCGCCUGCAGCCGGCCCUGAUGGCGGCCUGCUCCCAGGAGAUGGCGGUGUACUGCGAGGAGGUGGAGCCAGCCAAGGGGCGGAUGCAGCGAUGCCUGGCCGAGAAUAUGAGCAAGGGAGGGUUCAGCAACGAGUGCCGCCUGGAGCUGAGCGGGCGCAUGGGGGGCGCCCAGGUGGACUAUCGGCUCGACUACGGGCUGUCCACCUCGUGCCGCGUGGAUGUGGAGGCUCUGUGCAAGGCAGAGGCGGCGGAGCAGAAGCCCGGUGGCGUGCUGGCCUGCCUGGCUGCCAAGUUCAAGCUGCUGGCAGAGCCCUGCCAGGACGAGCUCAACCGCUUUGUGCGGCUGGCGCUGUGGAACUACCGCAAGGGGGGCGCGCUGACGCGGCAGUGCGACGCAGAUGUGCAGGCCCGCUGCCCGGCAGCUGCCAAGCAGCAGCAGCGCGGCAUGUUCCGUGGCGGUAUGGUCGGCAAGUGCCUGGCCAAGCAGGUGGUGCAGGGGCACCAGCUGGCGGGCGGCUGCCGCACGCUGGUGCUGGUGGCGGCGCCGCGCAACGUGCGAGCCAUGUUUGACCGCAGCAUGAGCCUGGAGGCGGUGGCGGGCAAGGUGGCGCAGAUUGCGCACGCUGCGGGGCUGAGCGCCGCGUUUGUGGACCCAAAGGCGCGCGGCAUGCAUGCCAUCACCGUCACCGGCUGGGUGGCCGUCGCCUGCGUGUGCGCCAUGGUGCUGGUGGUGCUGGGCAUGCUGACGUUUGCGCUGUGGCGCUGGUCCUGCGGGGUACGGCGCCAGCACCAGUACGCCGCCGUCGGCAGCUACAAGCAGGGCGAUGUGUAGGAGCGGCGACGUGUGGAGAGGGAGCAGUGCUGGGGCUGGCAGGCCGGCGACUGGCCGGGAAGCGCAGGGAUUGCACCCCCUUGCUUGCCGCCUUGCCAUGCUAUGCGCUUGCAUGGUCCACUUGAUGCGUCACUUGUGUCAACAUCACUUGUGUCUACAUCAUUUUGAUGC